UGUGUCAGCAGGCUCUCCAGCAGGCUGCUGGGAGUUGCGAGGUCCAGUGGCUGUUUGCCCCUGCAGGUUCUCGAGGGGGCGAUCGACUCCGUGGUCAAGCAGGACGGACACCAGCUGGAGAGGGUGGACAGACAGGCCGCGAUGUGGAGGGGCAAGUCACCAGGCACACUGCUGUUCACACCAGCACUUGAAAGGGAGAUGAGGCUUAUGAGUUUGUGAUGGCAUCCCCCCGGCUGGAGACUUUCUGCUGCCCGAACCGAGACGCAGCAACAGAGUUCAUGAUCACCUUCCAGCCCGUCUUGUUUGGGGCUUUAAGUCUGGGAAGCGCGGCUCUGAGCCUCUUAUUUGCUAUUUUACAAAAUUUGCCAAAACGCAAAGGAUACAGAAGACUCGGACAGUAUCCCCUGCCGAGGCCUGCAUCCUCCUCACGGAUACUGUUCAUCAUCAGCAUAUGCGACGUACUGGGAUGCAUAGGUAUUAUCAUAAGGUCAUCAGUCUGGCUGGGCCUGCCGAACGUCAUCGACCAAAUCUCAGUGGCCAACAGCACAGAUGUCUGGCCUGAGGUCUUCUGUGUGGGCAGCGCCAUGUGGAUCCAGUUAUUUUACAGUACCUCUUUUUGGUGGACCUUUUGUUACGCUGUCGACGUCUUCCUCGUGGUGAAAACAUCUGCAGGAAUCAGCACCAUUAUCCUCUACCACAUGAUUACAUGGGGCCUGGCUGUGCUACUGUGUGUUGAGGGAGUGGCCAUGCUGUACUAUCCAUCCAUCUCCGAUUGUGAGCAGGGCCUGCAGCAUGCUGUCCCUCACUACGUCACCACAUAUGCACCGAUGCUGCUCGUCCUUGUGGCCAACCCGAUCUUCUUUAACCAAACUGUAUCUGCAGUGACAUCUUUACUAAAACGACAACAAGGAAUCUACACAGAAAAUGAGAGACGGCUGGCCAAUGAGAUAAAAUUACGGUUCUUUAAAAUAAUGCUGGUGUUCUUCACUUGCUGGGUUCCCAACAUCAUCAAUGAGAGUCUCCUCUUCUACCUGGAGAUGCAGACAGACAUCAACGACAACAGUUUCAGGAAUAUCAGAAAUGCAGCCCUCAUCACAUGGUUUAUCAUGAGUAUUCUGAACCCCAUGCAGGCUUUCCUCAACACCAUAGCCUUUCAUGGCUGGACAGGCUUCGAUGUUGGUCUCAGCGUGCAGCAGAGGAGGGAGCUGGCCUGUGACUCGGCUUCUACUUCGGCGCCUAACACAACCAGCCAUGACCCCGUAGUAGGAACUACUUUGCUCUACCAGAGUCGCAUCCAGGAAGCCAAGAAAAACCUGCUGGGCAAUGGACAGCACCACUCUGACGCUGUCAGCGUCCUCUCAGAAGGUUCAGAGUCUAGUACAAUUGAAAUCCACAUUUCCAGUGAGCUACGAGACUAUGACGAUGUAGACGCUGAUGGAGAAUCCUUGGAGAACUCUGUGAGGCACUGGCCUGGGGUCGUCAACAACCCGGUUUCCUCUGCGUCUGCUGUGUAACAUGGUUGUUUUAGUUACGUCUCCUCUUAGUGCCCUGUUGACAUUCUCAGAUAAUAAGCAGUCACAAGAUUUAGUGGGUAUGGCAGAGUUAGUCUGCUCCUGAACUCUAAGCCUUUCCUGUAACCUUUUUAAAUUUGGCUGCAGAACAGUGUAGUGAUGUUACAUUACAGACCCAUCAACUCUUCAGCUGAAGAGCCCCAAAGCGACUGUCUGGGCUCUCUCUUGUCAGUCAGCAGAACAAACAUGACAUCUUACUAAUGACUCAGUCGUGCUAGAAGAAACAUUUCUCCUGGCAAAUUAUCUGAAUUGGAUGUACACUGGUUUUGUCACACACUCUCUGCUGUUAAGCUCUAAAGGCACAGCAACGUAAUGACCUAAUUAGUCUUUAAGUUAAUGUAUUUCCAACUAUCUUGUAUUUUUGCACCUAUUUUAUACAACAUAAAAUAUUUAAAAGAUUUUAGUUUUGUUGUUGACACUUCCAUAAUGUCUUUUCCUUGGUCGCAUAGGAAUGUAUGGUAACACUGUUUUUUAAACCUCAAUUUCAGACUAAAUCCUCCCAAGCUAAGAUAAACACUUAAUUCAAGACACAGGCUCCAUGUUUUCUGAUAUCAAAAUAGAGUGAUUUAUUUGAGACACUGAAUUACUUCAACGUUGUGUCUUGGUAAUAGAUGACCCUGGACCAGGGUACAAGAUUGAAAGUAGCUGUCACAGCACUUACUCCAUACUGGGCUCCUAAGUAUACCAGGAAUGGCCACUAAUCCAUCGGCCAUUGUCAGUCUGACACAGACAGUAAUGGCUCUCAGCAAAUGAAAAUGUUUAAAAAAAAAA